GCAAUCUUUUUCCGCGAUGACGUUAUAUACACGCGACUCUUGUUUGUCAGUCACGUGAGGCGAGGUGUGAAGGAAGACGACAGUGUAAAUUCAUCAGCACUGCCUAAAAAUGACCACCGCUCUGACCCAAGGUUUAGAAAGAAUACCCGAUCAGAUUGGGUAUUUGGUUAUUAGUGAGGACGGUGUACUUGCGUCUGCAGGAGAGCUGGAGAAUGACGAGCACACGGCAGGAGUGAUCAUGCAGAUGGUCAGAACAGCCUGUCGUUUUAGGUUGCACGGAACAGCUGAGCCCCCUUUCAAACGCAUGUCAGUGAUGUUUGAAGACUACGUUUAUGCUGUGACCAUCUCAGGACAAAAAGUUUUUGUAGUCAAAAGGCAGAACAACCAGCGGGAACCUGUUAUUGUGUAGUAAAGAGGAUAAAAUGGACUGAUCUUACCCACUUUUACAAGCUCAAAUUGGUGCCCUCAUAUUGAAACAGCCAUCACAACCAUCUGAUGUUUAGCACAAUCACAAUGAAUUUAUUUUGUAAGAAGACUUUAUUACACCGAAUUGGGGGCCUUUGCUGGUGUCUGGUGUAUUUGACCUGAACCUUAGUAAGUUAAUGUGUAAAUCUUGAACAACUGCAAUGUUACAGACUAUGGUCACAGGAUUCAUCUGAUGCAAGAUUAAAUGCUGUCAAUAUUUUAGCCCCCAUUUAUGAUUGAGUGGUUUCAAUUACUGUAUUAAUGAGAUGACUAUAGAUUUGUAUUUGUAUUUAACCCAUUGUAUCUUUUAACACACAGCUUCCUCAUAAAAAUAGAGGCAUGUUUUGACUGAAGGACCUGCUCAUCACAUUAUAUCUAUAUAGCCACGGAAGCCUUAUAUUUUUGACAAUAUUACACUGGGUGUUAUAAUUGUACUAUGAGUUUCAUAUUCCAAUCUUAAUGUAAAGUAUGAGAGCUUGUAGUGAGGCGUUAUAAUAAUACAAAGUUAUUUUCUCUUGGAUCUGUGAAAGCAGAAACUUAAGUGCACUGAAUUGACUUUUUACAGUCUAUUUCCAUAUGUGUUAAAUUAAAAGGCUUGAAGUCAAAACUUUGAAUAACUGCAUUAACAAUAAUAUAUUAAAUAAAGUACUAUGCAUUUUA